UGGUAACCAUAGUUGGUUAUGCUGUACAUCCUUUUGGUUGUUAACAUAUUAUCGUUAAACAAUAAUUGCGACUGACAGUUAUUUGGUUGACUCGUAUGCUUAGGGAAUAUAGAUCUCUUCACGGCUCUCCUUGAGGAUGUGUGGUGUAAAAUGAUUGGCGACUGGAAAUAUCAUGGAACUAUUUGCAAACCGUCGCGGAAUUUAAAAUAACAGACAGGUCCAUCUAAAAUGUUAUUCGUAGCCUAUUUUGGGACUAGUUGAACGAUGAAUAGAUGGUGUGUUGUAUAAAAUAGCGCGUCCACUAGGCUGGCAAUAAGGCUGUGGUUAUUGUAGGGUAGGCUACAUUCUUUUUAACACUUCUGAUGUGAAGUGUAGCCUAAACCUGCGCUCAAGACUUGGCUGUCUAGUUAUUUCAACUGGUGCACCAUCCAGUUUUGUGAUCAGGUUACUAACGUCGGGGUGAGCACGUAGAGAACAAAAUCUUCAUAUAUUGACGAGAAAAAGGCCUAAACUGGUUUGUUGUUUAACAAGUCAAAAAAGUCAGUCUUUCCUAAAUAAUGAGUUACAGUCACAAUGACAAAAUUAACAUAUUCCAGAAUUCCACAUUUCCACUUAAUGCAAGACAACUCGCAGCUUAUGACAACCAGGACACUGGGAACAAAUAAAUGCGCACAUGAAAACUGAAAUGAUAAAGCAAAUAAAAGUCAAACAUGACUUUUAUUAAUUAUUUCCUAAUGUUGAUAGAAAUGACAGUAAAGCCUACACAGGAGGGUGGAAACCAUGUGGAAACAUAUGCGCAAGCUGUCAGAUCAAAACUUGCGCGUGUGUUUGGGUUGCGACUUGUGACGUAAUAUUUCUGCGACUACUUUCAAAUCGUUUGCAAGACGAAAUGGCCCUCUUUCCAGCGUUUCGUGGAAUAUCAACUAAAGAAGAAGACAAUUCGGUGAAAGCAGAGACGGAAUGGCUGAGCAAUCAGAGUUUCCGCUCUGAUGAUGCCCUAGCGCUCCAUCACAUUGUGUUGGAGAAGGCCAAGGAGGCUGAGGAAGAGGAGCCCAGUGUCAGUGAUAAAAGUUACGGCAGAAUCUCUGAGCCAGAAAGUGAAGAUGAAAAUAUCAGCGGAAGACACAGGAAACGGAAGAAAAAAGACAAGAAGAAGAAACACAAGAAGCACAAAAGGAAGGCGGGAGAGCGCUCGGACAGUGAUGACUCACACUCGGACACGGUCUACCCGAGUGACCUGCUCAAGAAGGAGAAGGAGGCUCAGAGACAGGAGUCUCCAGUGGAGGUGGUCCGCCAGGGCAGGUUCCGAUGGCUGGACGACCUGGAGUCUGCGGCGGAUGGCUUCUUCUGUGUGGACAGGAAAGCGGACCCAGCCAACUGGCAGUACAAGUCUCUCUACCGCGGGGACGUCGCAAGGUACAAGCGGAAGGGCAGCUCUUCUCUGGGACUGGACGCGCGCUCGCAGGCCGUGAGCUGGGAUGAGCCGGCGGGCCAGGAGAAGAAGCGGGCGGCACCGCGCCGAACUGAGCGCUACUACUCCUCCCAGGCUCGCCAGCUGCUCCGCUCCGACGCCCUGCCAUCCCGGCCACCGGCACCAGGGGGCAGUGCUGAGGAGCCCGGCGGCACCUCCUUCAUCCCCCUGCCCUCGCUCUCUGCCGAGCAGGAGGCUAGCGCUACCGCUAAAGGCUCGUGCUCGUGGGUCAACCCGCUGGGCGUGUACGACGCGGGCACGGCGCUCUGGCUGGAGGGCAAAGGUCAGGCGCCCGCGCCCCAUCAGGAGAAGGGUGGAGAAGAGAGGAAGAGCGCGGACACGCCGGAGGCCAGGCUCACAGCGAGGGUGGAGGAGCUCAACCGGAGGGUGAGGGAGAACCCCACCGACACAGAGGGGUGGCUGGAGUUCAUACGCUUCCAGGAUGAGUUUGCGGCGUCAGGGGCAGGGCUGGGCGGCGGCGGUGGUGGUGGUGGUGGUGGUGAGGCCGACGCUGCCGAGCACCGGCGUGUGUCCACGCGCGCGGUGCUGGAGAAGAAACUGGCUGUUUGCGAGCGAGCGGUCCAGAGCAACCCGGGCUGCGUGGCGCUGCAGCUGGCCCGGCUGUCCGUGUGCCGCGAGCUCUGGGAGCCGGCCGCGCUGCUCAAGGAGUGGAAGAAGCUGGUCUUCCUGCACCCCAACAGCGCCUCGCUGUGGCGCCGCUACCUGCGCUUCUGCCAGGGCCACUUCGGCUCGUUCGCCGUGACCAAGGCCAGCGCGGCGUACGGGAAGUGCCUGACCACACUGGCGGCGUGCGACGACGGAAGCAUGCUGUCUCACCCAGCGCUGCCCGGGGCAGAGGAGGACAUGUUGGACAUCUUCCUGCAGCAGUGUCAUUUCCUGCGGCAGGCAGGCCACUCAGAGAAGGCCGUGUGUCUGUUCCAGGGCCUGCUGGAUUUCACCUUCUUCAAGCCGGACAGCGUCAAAGAGCUUCCCACCAGACAGCAGGUGGAGUUCUUCGAGCCGUUCUGGGACAGCGGGGAGCCGCGUGUGGGGGAAAAGGGAGCGCGGGGCUGGAAGGCCUGGAUGCUGCAGCAGGAGAGGGGGGGCUGGCUGGUCCCCAGUGAGGCAGAUGAGGAUGAUGACGAUGAGGGUGAUGAUGAGGAAGUGAAGGAUAAGACUCUGCCCAAGUGGAGGAUCUGGCUGGAUGUGGAGACAACACGUGAAGCCAACCACUGGUUGCCGUGGAGACCUGACAAAAGCACAGGUCAAUCAGAGGAAGACUGCGAAGAUCCCGAGAGACAGGUGCUUUUUGAUGACAUCGGCCCUUCCAUGAUCCGCGUGACCCGGCCCAACCUGCAGCUCCAUCUGCUCGCCAGCUUCCUCCACUUCCUGGGGCUCCCCGUCCUUUCGUCCACCUCCUCCUCCUCCCAGCUCCGGAGCCUGCUCCUGGACGACCUCUCCCUCCUGCAGGACCAGCGGGACCCCGAGCGACCUCUGACCUCCAUCCACCUUCAGUCGUCGUCAUCAUCGUCGUCACUGUCCGGAGUCAGCCCAGUGGGCCACAUGACUGUCCUGGGCACGCCGCACAAACAAGCGGGGCUGUGCAAGCCGGGCGAGGAGUUUGUCCAGAACGUCCUGCAGCAGGUGGCGCCGCUGCUGCCUGCCGAGGACAGGGCCGUGCUCCACCUGAGCUGGCUGCAGUACGAGAGGCUCAAGGUUUUGAGGUGUGUGCGCAGCGGGAACAAGAAGCGCCUGCGCGGCCAGGGCAAGCGCAGCAAGCGGCUGGCCAAGCGUCUGCUGAAGGAGCCGGAGAACCGCGGGCGCCUGGGCCUGUGGCGCGAGUACGCCCACCUGGAGUGGCUGCUGGGCAACCUGGAGGAGGCGCGCAAGGUGUUCGACACGGCGCUGGGCAUGGGCGUGGCCCGCGGGCUCAAAGACACUGCGCUGUGCCACCUCUGCCUGCUCUAUGCCCAGUUAGAGGUGGAAGAGACGUGGCGGGCAGAAGGACAAAGCGCUGCAGGAACUGCCCCCGCGUCGUCCGCCGCUGUGCAUAUUUUGACCAAGUUAGCCGAGGAGGCGACCUAUACCCCUUUCUCAGGGCAGGUGGCUCCGGUAGCCAUUUUGAAAGCCAGGAAGUCCUACGAGCAGGCUGUGGAGGUCUGCUUAGCUGGGCUGGAAGCCGGGCGCUCUAAAAAGGCCCAGCAUGUAGCAGGACUUGUAGGCUGCUAUGCUCUCUUCCAGUACUUGACUGUGGGUAUGGACGCCGCUAACAUGGUAUAUAGGCAGGCCAGAGAGAGACUGGGGCAGCAUGCUAGUACGACUCAGCAAAAUACCUCGGUAGAUAGCAGUAGUGCUAAUGCUAAUAGCAGUAGCGGUAAGGCUACUAGCAUUAGUGUUACUGGAGAGUGCGAGGCCCUGGCUGUUCAGCAGGCGGCGCUAUUGCGCCACCACACCAGCACCUCCGUGUUCCCCUUGGUCCACCUGAGGGAAGCACUCACCUCAGCCCUCACUCACUUCUCCACCAGCGCCCCCUUGUGGCACCUCUACGUGCAGGCUGAGGCACGGUACCACAGCGCGGGUCGAGCGCGGAGGUUUAUCCACAGCGUGAUUAAGAGUGACCAGAGCGUGGUGCCAUACCUGUUUGCCGUUUGGGCGGAGCAGGGCAGGAAAGAGCUGCUGGACUCUGUGCAAAGGUCUGGUGGAAUUGGAGAUACUCUGCCCACAAUACCGGAAAACGGACUGAGCAACCGUAUCCGGUCGCUGUUUGAGGCUGCCACGGCAACAGAGGAGGGAGCCCAGUGUCCGCUGCUUUGGAGGAUGUACCUCAAGUUCAUGGCUUCAGAGGGCAACAAGGAGAGGGCCAAAGGGAUCUUCUACAAAGCUCUUCAGAACAUCCCCUGGGCCAAGGGCCUGUAUAUGGAUGCAGUGCUGCUGUUCCCAGAUGCUGUGACUGAGUUCCUGGACCUGAUGACUGAGAAGGAGCUACGGCUCAGAGCACCGAUGGAGGAAGUAGAGAUCCUGCUGGAGGAUUAGCACUUAUUAACCCUACCCAUAGUGCACCAAAGACAAACAGGAAAUCCCUCUGAAGGGUGUACACCUCAAAGCUACACACUGUGCCGGAUUGGCUCACAAUGCACAAGUGGAGGAGAUUAUGUCACAUCAGAUAUGUGCAACGCCACAAGUUGAUGCUGGCUACCUGCAGAUGUAUGACCUUGUUUGAAUGAAUUAAAAUGUGAGUGUGUGUGUCUGUGUGUUCAUUUUAUAAUCAUUACAGAUUGAUUUCACAAAGGAUGCACAACUAAAUUGAUGUUGAUUAUUUUUGAUAAUCAUAGAAUUUCUGUAUGUGAAAAAUAUUUUUGAAUGACAAAAUAAAACAUUAAGGAACCUACACCUCCCAUUUACUGAAA